CGACAAGACAGCGCGUUUUUGUUGGUGAAGACAUCGUAUAGAUAUAGAUAGAAGAAGUGAAUUGUUUGCAGAGCAAUCGCUGACAUGUCUGCUUCCGCUGAGCAAGAGGACCCCUCUGCCGCUGCGGGGAGCAGCUCAGCGAGUAUGGACGUCGACACGGCCGAGGAGGUCGGUGUCGCCAAGAACACCACCGUCACAGAGGUCGCCGCGGCGCAGCAGGCGGCCUCGAGGGCGGAGGAGGACGAGACGAUGGGUGGAUUCGGCGUUCCCACGUUUGACGACGUACGACCGGCCGUCCAGGCAGGGGGCGCCGCCGCAGCUGCCGCAUCGUCGUCAGCUGCCAACCAGGGAGUGCCCGACUUCGGUCCGGCGGAGGAUGGGAAUCUCACGCGAGGGAUGUCAGGUGCGGAGGGAGACAGAACGGGUGCGACACAACACCGCGCGCGCGUAUCGGUUUGUCUGUGUGGCGGUUCAGGUAUCAGUCUCGGCAACGGUGUGACCACUGACAACCUGCGGCUGACGUCAGACAACCCCUCGGCCCGCAAGGUGAUGCGUCUCCUCUCACCCGACUCGCCCGUGCACACCUUCAACCCCGCCAACCAGCCCAAAGGCCUCAACUUCACCCUCAGCGGCUCCAUCUUCGAUGCACUCCCACCCCUCCCACCCGCUGGGUCGCCUGGCGCCGACGGACCAGCCCGGAUGGCCUCCCCCCAGGCUCCUCCGUUCCCCUCCCUGUCGGGCGACGGACCAGGCCGGAUGGCCUCUCCCUCGGCCCCUCCAUUCCCCUGCCUGUCGGGCCAGAGCAGCAACUCACCCAAGCCCACUGGUGGGGGCGCCAUGCCUGCCACGAGCAGCUCAUCGGGCAACCCUGGCGACGGGGAGGGCCGCAGCAGUGCUUCCCAGAGCCCGGAGGGGGAUUUCAAGACAUAUGCACACGGUGCGGAGGACACAGACAGUGAGCCGGAGAGGGAACCGAGCGACAGUGACGCAUCUGUGUCGUCUGACUCCUCUUGCUCCUCCUCAGGGGUGGGUGCGCCGGUGAACCAGCCGAGUGGCGGCAACCUGAGCGUCAACUACAUGCAGGGCGGCAGGCCCUUCAGCUACACACAGCCGCCCACGGCUCAGUGGCCGGCGGCUCCCCAGUUCCCCGGCUCGUCCAGCGCAGCUGUGGCGGGCCGCAUCCGUUCGAGCGAGACUGAGGAGAGCAAUAGUUCCAGCAGCGACCACCCCAUGGGUGGUGCCAUCGCACGGUCGCGCCACCCUGCCGCCGCCGCCGCACACAUGACCAGGGCGCCCCUCAUGCCCAUCAUGGAGGGCGGGUCGAGCUCAUCGGCAGCAGCAGCAGCGGCUGCAGCUGCAGCUGGCAGUGACGAUGCCGGCCCGUCGCGGCAUGACCUGCGGCCGCGGUCAGCCCGCAACCGCAAGCGCAGUCGUCCGGGUCGUUUGUAUGAGGACGAGGGGGAAGGGGAGGCUGAGGGUGGUGAGGAGAUGGGCGAUGACGAUCCUGAAGAUGAGGACGCCGACGAGGAUGAGGAGGACGAGAUGGAUGAGGACGAGGAGGACGACGAGGAGGAUGACGAUAGCGGCCCGUCGUACUCGUGUGGCCGUGGCGGCGGCCGUGGGCGCCGCGCCAACGGCCUCGGCCAGGUGGGGCCGGCGUUGGUCAAGGAGGAGUUCGACAGCGACGACGAGAACGAGCGCAAGAUGGCGGGCAAGUACGGGCUCAAGUACCCCAAGGUGACGACGCCCCUGGCCGUCAUGAACGACAUCUCAAACAUUGACGAGACGCUCCUCAAGCGGGUGCCCGACUACUACGAGGGCAUCAGCUUCGGCCUGGGCGAGGGCGGGCGGGAGCUGCUCAGGAAAUACAUCAAAAUGACUGGGUGAGUGGAUAGGAUCCGAUCCAACACACCACACAUCCAUCCAUCCAUCCACGGUCAUCUCAUCUCUCUGUUGGUGUGGUGUCUGGUCUGGUCUGGUCUGGUCUGGUGUGUGCUUAUCUAUCUGAUAGGUACAAGGGUCGUGCGCUGCACAGCACGUCGAUCCCCGAGCUGCUGGCGCUGGCGCGCAAGGUCAACAUCUGGAACGUGGCCAUCCGCAUCCACCUCGAGUACAAGGCCUUCAUCCCCCUCUCCAAGUGCCACUUCGACAUGCGCCAGUACAAGGCGUCUCUCGCCGAGCGCAGGCGCGAGAAGAACCGCACCAAGGCGCCCCUGGCGCUGGUGACCAACCAGGCGGGCCGGCCGACCAUAGCCUACCAAGAGGGCAUCCAGCUGCCUUUGGGAGGGGAGGGGCGGAAGCAGCUCCUGGCCAAGCUCAGACAGCGACACGACAUGGACCGGGAAACCAUGGACGAAAAACUCGCAAAGUGAGUGAGGGGCUGAGGGGAGGGGAGGGGCGUCACAACAACACGCAUUCACACAUGCAUCUCUCCCUCUCUCUCUCUCUCUCUCUGUUUGUGUGUUAGGUAUGGUUUGCGGUAUUCGGCGAUGCGCGACGCGACAGUGGCGAUGCUGCUGAAGAUGGCGUGGGCGGUGGGCCUGUGGGACGAGGCCGUAUCCCUGCACCUGCUCAACCAGAGCAAGAAGGGCGAGUCGCGCAAGAACGCCAAGACCAACUACCACAGACGAUCUUCCGGAUGAUCAACCAAUCGGGUCAUAGAAAGACACUGGACGACACGUACAGCUGUGGGGAG